UGAUUACGAGCCGUCUCCCCCGCCAGAUCUUGGGUAACGUGAGGGCAGCAGCUGUUUCCGGUCACCAUCCACAUUGGAGCUGCGAGCCCAGGCGAUGCACAGGCAGUGUUUGUGGAGCGAACGGACGGGCAGGGGAGGCGUCCUGGGUGAGGAGGCCACAUGAGCGGAGCCCGGCAGGGUCCCAAGUGAUGGUGGUUUCCACGGAGGGCGAGCUGAGUCCUGCGCGACUGGUGGGCCCGCCUGCGGGCUGGUGGGCGUGAGCGUGGACUCUCAGCGUCUCCCUGGGAGGAAGCAUGUCUAAGAAGGGCCGGAGCAAGGGCGACAAGCCCGAGAUGGAGGCGGACGCGGUGCAGGUGGCCAAUGAGGAGCUGCGGGCCAAGCUGACCAGCAUUCAGAUCGAGUUCCAGCAGGAGAAGAGCAAGAUGGAUGAGAUCAAAGGGAAAGACCGGGUGAUCCUGGCCCUGGAGAAGGAGCUGGGCGUGCAGGCCGGGCAGACCCAGCGGCUGCUGCUGCAGAAGGAGGCGCUGGACGAGCAGCUGGUUCAGGUCAAAGAGGCCGAGCGGCACCACAGCAGCCCCAAGAGGGAGCUGCCGCCCGGCAUCGGGGACAUGGCAGAGCUCCUGGGCGCCCAGGAUCAACACAUGGAUGAGCGAGACGUGAGGCGGUUUCAACUGAAAAUUGCGGAACUGAACUCGGUGAUCCGGAAGCUGGAAGACAGAAACACCCUCCUGGCAGAUGAGAGGAAUGAACUGCUGAAACGCUCCCGCGAGACCGAGGUGCAGCUGAAGCCGCUGGUGGAGAAGAACAAGAGGAUGAGCAAGAAGAACGAGGACCUGCUGCAGAGCAUCCAGCGGAUGGAGGAGAAGCUCAAGAAGCUCACGAGGGAGAACGUGGAGAUGAAAGAGAAGCUGUCCGCGCAGGCGUCUCUGAAGAGGCACACUUCCCUGAACGACCUGAGCCUGACGCGGGACGAGCAGGAGAUCGAGUUCCUGCGGCUGCAGGUGCUGGAGCAGCAGCAUGUCAUCGACGACCUCUCUCUGGAGAGAGAACGGCUCUUGCGCCCCAAGAGGCAUCGCGGGAAAGGCCUAAAGCUGCCCAAGAAGCAUGUUGUGGAGACAUUUUUUGGAUUUGAUGAGGAGUCUGUGGACUCGGAAACCUUGUCAGAGACGUCCUGCAACACAGACAGGACGGACAGGGCCCCGGCCACCCCUGAAGAGGACCUGGACGACACCACCACCAGGGAGGAGGCCGACCUGCGGUUCUGCCAGCUGACCAGGGAGUACCAGGCCCUGCAGCGGGCCUACGCCCUCCUGCAGGAGCAGGUGGGGGGCACGCUGGACGCCGAGCGGGAGGCCCGGACCCGGGAGCAGCUGCAAGCCGAUCUGCUGCGGUGUCAGGCCAAAAUUGAGGACUUGGAGAAGCUGCUGGCCGAGAGGGGCCAGGACUCCCAGUGGGUGGAGGAGAAGCAGCUGCUCAUGAGAACCAACCAGGAGCUGCAGGAGAAGGUAUACCGGCUGGAGGUGGAAGGGCGCCAGCUGAAGAGCGACAUGCAGGACGCGCGGGACCAGAACGAGCUGCUCGAGUUCAGGGUGCUCGAACUCGAAGUAAGGGACUCUCUCUGUUGUAAGCUCGCAAACGGCGCAGACAUUCUCUUUGAGCCCAAACUGAAAUUCCUGUAACGCUCCCGGACGCCCCGCGCAUGCGGAAAGGGGACGCGGCCCAGUGGUUUCUUUCGUUUUCUCUCCCUUUUUAAAACCUGUAUGUUCAGAAUGAUUUCACUGCCUUAAUGUUCUGGAGGGAAUGCUCGCCGCAGUCCUGGGACCUGUACCAGAGCUCAUCUAUUUAUUGCCUACGGCUUGUUUUGCACUUAAUAAAAUA